UUUCAAGGGACUUGAUUCAACGAUUGAGCAAAGCGACGAUACCAGUUUCACGCAUAUGUACAUUUCAUCGCCGUCGUCGUCGCAAUAGUCGUCAUCGUCGACGUCGGCGUUGAUUGUGCUCUGAUCUUAAUUCUGUAAUAUCUUCAACGAGAUCGGCAAUUCGUCUUCGUCGUCAAAUCGAAUCUCACGAAAGUGUAGAUCAAAUUUCUCCCGUAACCCGAACUCUCGAAACAGCUUCGCAAGAUAGUGACAUCGUUAUCUUUUAUUACGGUAUUUAUAGAUAUAAAAAAGCCUAUGGCGAUUUUCUGAAGGGAAGAGAAACAGGUCUUGGGAUAGGUAACGAAAAAGAACGAGUAUUCCUUCGAUGUUAACGCGCGCGGGCUUUUUUUCCGGGUGCAAUUUACGGGUACGUGUUAGUGCGUGUUCGUAGUUACACGAGGAUUAUAAGCGGAAAAGAGAGGAGCAGCGGAGAACGAGAGUGAUAGGGCUAGUUGAGACGAAACGAGACAAGUUUCGAUAGUGAAACGAAGUGAGAACGAGAACGUUGAUCAGGGGCCGCGAGGAGAAGGAAGGGGUCUCCGUCAAAAUGUCGCUGAAAACACCAACGCGGAUACAGUGAUUGCUUUUCGUCGUUUAACAGGGGAAUGUACGCAGCCUCUUUGAACCUCGUAGAAGAAAAGUCCUGGGUACAUCGAUUGCGCACGGUUACCCGGUUUCCCUCUGUUUGUUUCCAUCGGUCUUUGUACAACUUUACCGUGACUGUGUGCAUAACACGCCACAGUAGCGGCUUGAGAUAUCUUGCAUUCAUAUCAAUCUCUUUGUAUUUGUUGUAUUUUUCGCUUCCUCGUUACGAAGACAUUCGGCGAUCGCGUAUACUGUGCCGAUUUCCAGGGUUUUGGUGAAGCUGAACAGAUAAAAACAUUAAAAAUAUGGUAUCAACUCGUCAAUCAAGUAGUAUGGGAGCAAGUAAUGGAGGUGGACCAGUCACUGAGAUUACAGAUGUAAAUUCAUCUAGAAGACAUCAAUCUGCAACAAUGGCUAGUUCUUACACUGGAACAUCCACUUCAGAACCACCCUCUUACAGUAAUGUGAACCUCCUCAAUUUACCGGUUGAAAUUCUUGAAAAGAUUUUCAGCUACUUGGAUUAUAACACUGUAGCCCACUUACGUCCAGUUUGUCAUCAGAUGGAUCGUGUUUGUGGAUCAAUUUUAAAUUCAACAUUUCAGAAACUUCAAACACAGAUGUUAAGUCGUUUUCAAGCAAUUAAAGCACAGAUGCCAAGACGUGAAUCUGCACGCCGUAAUCAUCCAUUAGCUUGUGAAUCUGACAUUAUUGAAACUCUUCACAUGCGCCUCACCUUGUUACAAAUGAGUUUUGGCAAACACAUUGAACGUAAACAUUGUUGUUUUUUUCCUGGAGAGAUUUUAGAUGAAGUUUAUCGCAUUUUACACUAUAUUAAAGUUACUCCAAAAUUGGCCAGACCAUAUAAAGUUACAGACGAAUUAUUUGAUUUAAGCACUAUGGCCAUGGAGUACUUUAAAGAACGUAUUGAACCAACAUUACCAGAAAUUCCUUACUUCGGAGCUGAUUUCUUAGAUCUUGCUGGGACAUUCUCUUCCUCUAGUAACGUGAACAAACCAUUUAUGUGCCUGGAUUCUGCACCUCUGACAGUUGGAAGUGGCAAAGGGGGAAACAAUAGUGGAGAGGAAGGAUCUCCACCACAUUCUUCGGACGAUCCCGGUCUCUUAGAAUCUAGUGUAUCGCCGCCACAAUCUAACAUGGUGUUAAGAAAACGGAUUCGAAAGAUUAAACAAGGAAUGAAACGAUAUAAUAGUCAGUUAACAUUAAUGCGUAGAGAUUUGAGGAGUUGCAAAGCAAAAAUUGCAGAGCAACAGAAGCAAAUUGUUGAAUACGCCACACGCCUCGAUGAAAAUGAUAAGAAAAAUGAAGAGACAUCUCGCAAAUUUAGCACACUCCUACAGGAAUUGAACAAAUGUAAGACAGAGCUUCAGUAUUGGCGAUCUAAGUCCCCAGCGAUACCCGUGUGUGUAGUCUGUGGUCAGUCCAUGUUAGUACCAACAGAGGAUAUACAGGCUUUAACAAAUCAAAGCGUAAUGCCCGAAACGCUCGAUGAAGGAUUAGACUUCAUUCCUAUAGCAGACGCCCAGAGUCCUACUGAAGUGGUUUCACAACCAACAGUUACACAACAGCCUUCAUCGCCUCCACCGACAGUGGAAAUGGCACCACCAAAGGCUCCUGUGCCUUCGUUAUCUUCAAAACGGAAAUCGAACGCAGAAGAAGCACCGAGCGAUGCUGCAAAGAAACCUCGUCGUACAGCCAAAUCACGUCAGGUUAAACGCUCGAAGAUAUAAAUCGAUUCUGAUCAUGGUACAAAAAUAUCUGUCUAACAAUUUUACUGGGUUUUCGAAAGAGGUCUUUCUAAUUAAAAUAACUGUGUUUCUUUACGCCAGCGAACGAAUGAUCUUAGAAAAGUACAAAAUUCUUUCCUGAACGUCCUGCAUUUCGCGCAACGAACCUCAUUUUG